AUGAAUGAAGAAGAAAAAGAAGAGUUGGAAUUAAAUAGAAUUCAAGAAGAAGAGGAUGAAGAUCUAUUAGAGGUAGAUGACAUUAGAACCAAUUUAAAGGAUUUGAAGAUAGUUACAGAUGAUCAAGACAAGACUUCAGUAAUGGAGAGAAUCAAUAGAGGUGACUUUUUACAUAUUGCUGCUCCAAUGGUUAGAUUCUCUAAACUUCCUUUUAGAUUAUUAUGUAAAAAAUGGGGAUGUGAUUUAACCUUUUCACCAAUGUUAUUGGCAGAAUCAUUUAAUCGAUCCGAGUUUGCAAGAGACUCUGAUUUUACAACUAAUCAAUUUGACAACUCAUUAAUUGUACAAUUUGCAGCAAAUGAUGGAGAGGAGUUAUCGGCAGCUGUGGAAAAGGUUGCCAAUCAUUGUCAAGGUGUAGAUAUAAAUUGUGGAUGUCCACAGAAAUGGAUUAUUCGGGAGAAUAUGGGAGCUGGAUUAUUGACAACUCCAGAAAAGAUUGAAGAGAUGAUCAAGACUACUACACGUAGAAUCACAAAUAUUCCACUAUCGAUCAAGAUACGUAUACAAAAGGAUAUGAGUCAGACUAUUGAACUGGCCAAACGAGCCGAACGAGCUGGUGUCUCGUGGAUCACUGUACAUGGGAGAACAUCUUCACAACGGUCAUCACACCCUGUCGAUUACGAUGCCAUCAAGUUGGUCAAAGAGUCAAUAGGGAUUCCAGUGUUUGCCAAUGGCGACAUUUUCACACUUGACCAAGCCAAUGACAUUAGAGACAAAACAAAGGUGAAUGGUGUCAUGUCGGCACGUGGUAUACUAUGUAACCCGGCACUUUACAUGGGCUAUGAUACAACACCAAUCGAGUGUAUCAAGGAAUUCAUCGAUAUCAAUAGUCAGAUUGGUGGAUUAAAUACCGAUAUUUUCCAUCGUCAUCUCAUGUAUAUGCUCUAUUCAGUAAAUAGUAAAGCUGAAAAGAAAGAGUUCAACCUAUUAUCUACCACUCCUUCCAUUAUCGAUUUCAUCAAAGAUAAAUAUUAUUUAUAA